AUGGCCAGAAGCUCGAUAAUAGCUCUAGCCACAGCAGCCUCCUUCCUGGCAACCACGGCCAAUGCUCAGUUUGGCUACGGGUGGAGAGGUGGAUUUGUUGAUGGCAACGGAGAUGGAUGUCCUCCUUGGGCGAGUGAUUGCGACGGCUCCGAUGACAGCGGCAACAAUGGCAGUUCCUCCUCUUCGAAUGGCGUCUCUGAAGGCGCUCUUUUCUCCUCUCCAGCUGAAUUCGACCGGGCGACCCGAAUCCUCAUCGCCCACGCUGUCCUCGCCUCGGCAGUCUGGGUCUUAUUCAUCCCGUCACUGGCGGUCUUGGUACGCCUGAAUCUCAAGAAUCCCAUUGUUCUCAAGAUCCACGCGGUCGGCCAGAUUCUCAGCUACAUCAUCUUCAUCGUCGCCGUAGGCAUGGGUAUCUGGCUGGCCCAGCAAUCUGCCGCCUACGGCAUAUGGAGCGACCCUCAUCCGAAGUUGGGUCUUGUAAUCCUGGCCUUGGCUUUCUUUCAACCAAUUUUUGGUGCUAUCCAUCAUUCAGUCUACAAGAGACGCGCUCAGAACGUCCAAGAAGGGAAGCCGACCAAACCGCCGGGCCGAACGGCGCCAGUGCGUGUUCAUCUUUGGCUCGGCCGGCUUCUCAUCGUGCUCGGCAUGAUCAACGGCGGCUUGGGCAUCAGAUUAGCAUCGUUCAGCCCCUUUCAGACCGACUCCACGUCCACCAAGGCGAAGAUAGCGUACGGCGUUAUUGCAGCGACCAUGUUCUUGCUCUACUUGGUGUUUGUGAUUACAUUUGAGCUCAGGAGAGCGAGAUCGAGGACUGAGGAAGUGCGAAGCAGGGAGCGAGUGAUUGCCAACAAGGAUGGAUUACCCUCAUAUGACGAGAGUGAGGAGUCUGUGGGGAGGCCCAGUGGGUAUUCCUGA